AAAAAAAAAACUACAUUUCUAAGUCCUAACUUCUCACAACUUUCUGCCCAAUUUUUCCGACAGGAAUUACAUUUUUCCCUUUUAGAGAGAGAAGAAAUGGAGAAUCUAUGGCGAGCAGCGACAGGUCAAGAACCCAACCCAGAAGACUAUGCCGGAAUCGAAUUCUGGUCAAAUCCAGAACGCUCCGGCUGGUUAACAAAACAAGGCGACUACAUCAAAACCUGGCGCCGCCGUUGGUUCGUUCUCAAACAAGGCAAACUUUUCUGGUUCAAAGAUCAAUCUUCCGCCGCCACACACUCCUCCGUCCCCCGCGGCGUCAUCUCCGUAUCCACCUGCCUCACUGUCAAAGGCGCUGAAGAUGUUCUUCACAAAGCCUCCGCCUUUGAACUCUCAACGCCUCAGUCCACUAUGUUCUUCAUCGCUGAUAAUGAUAAGGAUAAAGAAGAUUGGAUCAAUUCAAUUGGGCGUGCGAUUGUUCUUGGGUCUAGAUCUCAUGCUGCUUCUGAGGUUAUUGAUUAUCGUCAAUCUACUGAUACUUGAUCCUUUUGGGUUUUUUGUUGUUCUUGUUCAUCUCUUUGUAUACUAUAGUUCUUUCUUUGUCUUAAUUAUCAUGAACCCAGUUGUAAAAGUAUUCUUCUGUAUUUUCAAUAAAAAAAAAUGCUUUUUCUGUUA